AUGGCUAAGACCAAGGAUACCAAGGUUGCUAAGGCUUCCAAAAAGACUGAGGUUAAACCACCUCUUUCAACUGUCAAGAAUGCUGCAGUUGUCAAGCCAUCUCAAACAACAAAAGCUAAAUCUAAACAGACCGCAAAGGCUACUGCCACCAAGGCCGCUAAGCCAGCCCCAAAGCCCGUUAAGAAGGCCGCCACUCCAUCAUCCGACAGCGGAUCCGAUUCUGAAUCUGGUUCCGACUCUGAGUCUGAAGAGGAGAAGCCAGCACCAAAGGCUACCAAGGCCAAGGCUAACGGAAAGACUGCUAAGGUCGCCGAGAAGAAAGAGGUAGAAUCCUCCUCUGAAUCCUCAUCUGAAUCUUCAUCUGAAUCCGAAGAUGAUUCCGAAUCAUCUGAAUCCGAAACUGACUCUGAACCCGUUGCAAAGACUGCCAAGAAGGCUGCUUCUUCUGAAAGCGAUGAUAGUGACGACUCAAGCGACUCCGAUUCUGAUUCCGAAGAGGAGGCCAAGCCAGUAGUCGCUGCCGCCAAGAAGGUUCAAGCCGUUGUUGAUGCCGGAAAGGCAAAGGUUAACGGUGCUGCUAAGGCAGUUGCCAAGGCUACUGAGGACUCUGAUGACUCCGAUAGCUCUGACUCCUCUGAAGAUAAGAAGGCAUCUGGAUCCGACUCUGAUUCUUCCGAUUCCGAUAGCGAGUCUGCCAGCGAGACUGAAGCUGAAGCACCAUCCAAGAAACGCAAGGCAGAGAAUGAGCCAGAGCCAUCUGCCAAGAAGACAAAGACUGAGGAGACUGCUGCUGAUGAUGGUAGCCCAAAGAAUCUGUUCGUUGGUAACUUGAGCUGGAACAUUGAUGACGAGUGGCUCUACCGUGAAUUCGAAGAGUUUGGUGAGAUCACCGGUGCUCGUGUCAUCAGUGACAAGAACACUGGACGCUCCAAGGGUUUCGGAUACGUCGAAUUCGCCAAAUCCGCCGAUGCUGCCGCCGCUCUUGCUGCCAAGAAGGGUGCUCUCAUCGAUGGUCGUGAGGCCAAUGUCGAUUUCUCCACUCCCCGUGAGAACGUCGCACCAAAGGAUCGUGCUAACAACCGUGCUGCUCAAUUCGGUGAUGCCAAGAACCCACCUUCCGACACUCUUUUCCUCGGUAACCUUUCAUUCGAUGCUGAUGAGAACGGUUUCGGAUACGUUACCUUCGGAUCCGUUGAAGAUGCUACCGCUGCCUAUGAUGCUAUGAUGGGUGCUGAUAUCGCUGGUCGUCCAGUCAGACUUGACUAUGCUACCCCCCGUCCAGAGCGCAGUGAAGGUGGUGGCUUCGGUGGACGUGGCGGACGUGGUGGUGGCGGCCGUGGUGGCGGACGAGGUGGUGGACGUGGUGGAUUCGACCGUGGAGGAAGAGGUGGUGGUGGACGUGGAGGUGCUCGUGGAGGACGUGGAGGCAGCACUAACCGUGGUGGUUUCGGUGACUUCAAGGGAAAGAAGAUGUCUUUCGAGUAA